AUGGCUUCAGUUUCUCACUAUUUUCUGCUAGUUCUGGUCUUUCUGGACUCACGUGCAGCUCAGCCAUCCUGUCUGCCAGGAUGUACCUGCUCAGAGGAGAGUUUUGGCAGGACUCAGCAGUGCAUAUCCAUCUCUUUGGGAAAGAUCCCAGGCAACCUCCCUGAAGAGUUCAAGUAAGUGAGAAUUGAACAUUCAUCCUUAUUUGAAUUGUCCCAAGGGUCUUUCAUCAAUGAACAUCUUUGGCUCAAUUUUAACAAUGUCACUGUGAUUCACCUAGGAGCUCUGGAGCACCUGUCAGAACUGAAAGAACUGAGACUGGAGGGGAACAAAUUUCAUUUAGUACCAUGGACAGCAUUCCAUGCCACCCCACUCCUCAGGGUCUUGGAUCUCAAACACAACAGAAUUGAUGUACUCCCUGAGCUGGCUCUUCAAUUUUUGGUCAAUCUGACUUACCUUGACCUCUCUUCCAAUAGGCUUACAGUUGUAUCCAAAAGCGUCUUCCUGUACUGGCUGGCCUAUCAGAAACACCAGCAGCCUGGCUGUGGGGCCAAGAUUCUCUGCAGCAUGGUGCUGGCACUACACAACAACCCCCAGCUAUGUGACUGUCGCCUAAGGGGACUUGUUGAGCUUGUAAAGUCCAUCAGCCUCCCAGUCAUCCUGGUGAAUCCCUACCUGAUGUGCCAAGGCCCUCUCUCCAAGGUGGGGCAGUUUUUUCAUGAAACAGAGCUCAGUGCUUGCAUGAAGUCCCAGGUCUCAACCCCCAGUGCCAAUGUCACCAUCCAGGUGGGACAGAAUGUAACCCUGCAAUGCCUGGCACUGGCCAGCCCCUCACCAACCAUUGCAUGGACAUACCCCAUGAGCAUAUGGAGGGAAUUUGAUGUGUUGACUUCAUCUACCACAGAAGAUGUUGCUCUGUCAGAGCUGGUCAUACCGCUGGUAGACAGGGGCAACUACACCUGUGUGGCUUCCAACUCCAUUGGCAGGAGCACCACUGUCAUCUCGCUCCAUGUCCUGCCUGCACUCCAGCCUCUCUCCUCCCCCUUGGGGGACAAUGCCGAUGUUGACCUGCAGGUGGUCAAGCAGACAAUGCGAGGGAUCCUGCUGGAGUGGUUUGCAGUGGCCGACACCACUGAGGAGAAGUGGUUCACCCUCUACAUUGCGUCGGACGUAGCCGUAAGGAAGGAAGUUGUCCACAUUGGCCCCAGAAUGGACACAUUCUUGGGGGGCCAGCGUCCACACCAGGGCCAUUGUGUGGUCUUUGUGACAGGCAGAGACCAUGGCAGGCUGGAUGUAAAGGAGCGUCUGCUGCACAUCACAGUGGUCCUGUGUUCAGUGCUGCUCUCGGUGCCCGUGGGCACCUACAUCUGGGCAGCCCAGGCUCCCUGCCGCUGCAGGCAGUGGUGCCGAUGCUUCUGUCCUUGCCACAGGAAAGCCCGGUGCCCCCGUGCAGCCCCACAGCACAGGGAGGACUCCUACAGAGACCAUGCAGCUGUCUGUGAGGAUGGCCUGGGGUGCAGAGACACUGAGGAGGAUGAGGAGAGAGAAGGAGAAGGAGGUAGUGGCUGAACAGUCUGGGCCAGAGGGUGGAAUGGUGUGGGCCCCCAACCCCUGAACCGACCCUCUGUGGCAACUCAGCUUGGCUCGAUCCAUUUAUUUAACAAGUAUUUACUGAGCACCUGUUGGUUCCAGGCACUGAACUUGACACAGUGGACAGGGAGACACAGUUCUUAUUUUCAUGGAGCUGUUGCCAAUGGAUCUUUGUCCUAUCCAAGUAAUUGUUUUAUUAUACACGGUGUCUGGAA